UAAAUGUAUUACUUUACAGUAGUAUAAAUUAUUCUCUCUGUAAUUAUUUUCAUAUUUUUAGCUAAUGUUUUCAUUCAUGCAUUCAUGUUUCCACCCCCUCCACUUAUCCACCGACUAUUCAAUCCAUUUACUCACCUCUUCAUCCACUCACCUUGCCCUCCAUUGACAUACCUUACAACUUAUGUCUUUGCCCCAUCCUUUCACCCGUAUAUCCAUCCACUUAUCCUUCUCACUCAUCUUCCUUCUGCCUGUCCAGCUGCCUAUUUUAUAUCCAGCCUUUCUUCCAUCUACCCUUUAUCCACCUACUUACCUUUCACACACACUGUCUUCUCUCACACCCAUCAACAUACUUCUCCCUCAUUUCUACACCCAUCUUUCCUCCAUACACCUACCAAUCACUCAUAUAUUUUCCAUUCAAACAGCUUCCAUCAAUAUACCCAUUCAUCACAUCACUAAACUACCCACCCUUAUGUCCAAUCCAAUUUACUUCUUCACCCAGCCAUUCAUCCACCCAUCCAAGUCCAUGCAUUCAUACACCCAAAGAUUCAUGCUACCCUCACCCAUUCUUCUUCCUACUCAUCCAACCAUGUUCCCAUUCAUCAUAAGCUAUCUAUCCAUCCAUAUAUCUAUUUACUAACUUCUCCACCUACCUUUCUCAUCCAACAGAAUGUACUGAGUGCUUAUUCUGGGCCUAUUUAUAUUCUAAGCCCUAGGUUCUAGACACAGACCUGUUCAAUGGAGCUCAGAGUUUAUCUGGGGAAACAAACAUGAAAUUCAGUAAUUAAGUUAGAGGCACGGGGAACAACAUAGAAAGCCAGUGGCAGGAAGUCAGCAUGUGACAAGUCUUGGUCUGAUGAACAAGCAGGAACUUCCAGGUGGAAGGCCAUCUGCCUUGGUGUUUUUUGGAGUCUCUGAUUCUGAGCACAGGUGGGUCCUAGAACAGAAGUGUGGCUGAGGCAGAGGCAGAGCACUAUGACCAUCAGUGGGAGGAGAUACUGUAUGGUCCUUGGACCUGCCAUAUACCCUCCAGGACUUGUGAGUAAUAAACCUUGUUCUUCAAAGUUCUGUUAAAAAACAAAUUCAACUAAGUACAUUUGAAGAUUGAAUUGACUUUAUUAGGUAAUUUAUGAAUUGGGCAGCAUCCCAUCUAACAACUAGAAGGGUGCUUUGAGGGGUUGCACAAAAUGGAAGGUUUUAUAGGAAGAAGAGUGGGGCAAGGAAACUACAAGCAAAAGAAAAGAAAGGAUUACUUUUAGGCCAGGGCAUCUUUUUUUGGAGGGAAGAGAACCAAGGUCUUAUCAUGCAGACUACUUCUUGGGGUAGUGGUGGUGGGUAGAGAAUGGAGAGGGCCCGCAUGAGAGGCUACCGCAUUGGUGCCAACCAGAGAAUUCCAGACUGAGUGAUUAAUAUUGCAUUUCUGAUGUAGGUCAAAACUGCAAUUAGGUUAGGUAUUAAAUCUGGGCUUGGUAUCAUGGGCUUUAGCAUAAGUGAUGCCAUUUGGGGCCUGUGGUUUUUCUCAUUAACAGUCCCCUAAUGGUUUUGCAGAGAUGAGUCCUUCAGUCAUCAUAAGAACCCCCAGGGCUGGUCCAGGCACAACAUUGGCCCCUGUGGUGGUGCAAGGCUGUCUGUGGGGCUCUUUAUGCAUAAAUAGAAGCUAUGUGAAUGCCUCGGGCAUUCCUAGCCAAGAACGUUAUGAUCAACAGGCUGAUACCCACCCAACACAUUCCCACAGGGGCUCUGUCUGUAAUCCUAAAUUUUGGGACCAUAGAGUCAGUCAUUGAUGAUAGGGUUGGUUUUUGUCUGGCUUCUCCAUCAGGUAGGAGAAGUUGGAGAACAAAGCUUGGCCUAAAAAUGCAACAUCUAGCUAGGGAAGGGAAUGGGGACUCUACAGAUGACAUUUACUCUUUGAAGAAUCUCUCUCUUCAACAGACCAGGACUGAUUGAUUGACUGGCUGGUGUCGUGGAUUCUGUGGCCGGAGGAAAGCUGCCAAGUCCUCCAGCACCCUCUCUGUCUCUCUUCCGUAGCCCUUCCACUAGCCCGGUUAGAAAUAGCAGUUCUGCUGUGUUAUUGACCUUUAUUGAGUUGUAGUCUCUCAGGCAGGUCUCCUCACUUCACAGUUUCUCCUCAGACAACAGGGAGUUUGCUCUCGAUGUUGAAUGCUCCCUAUAAGCUCUGAUAUCCUCUCCAGCUCUCAGAACAACACAACCUUCACAAACACUAUCUGCAAACUCUGCUAUCAGCCUGCUUCCUCCUCCCUGCCCCACUCUGUGGCAACAUCUUUACCCUUUGGUCUUAGUCAAAGGAUAUGAGUGACCUAAAAAGAAAAGAGAGGAUGGGAGGAAAGUGUCAGAGAAAGUGAGAAAGAGAGAGACAUAGCGACCAUAAGAGACUCACAGAAGCAAAGAGAUACCAAGAGAACAACAGACACACAUUGAUCAGAGACAAAAACAAACAAACAAACAAAAACGGGUGUGUCACUUAGUGAGCAGGUAAAAGGGAAAAUGAAUGGAGAAUGAGGACAUUCUACAAUUCUCAAAGUUAUCAAGAUGAAGACUCCUGAUGGUGGCAUUCAUUCCUAAGGUAGCCUGGAAAGUGAAAUAAGCUUUGCCUACUUCCCCUGGUUGACCAGAAGGCCUACCCCAGUCGAGGGGGCUAUGGAUCAAGAGCCAUCCAAUAAGAGACCCUUGCCUAGGACUGUGGGCUGUAGAUGCCAGCUAGUCACAUUGAUAAUCUCAGGAACUUGGCGUUCCCAUGAGGAAAGGGGGUGGCUGGCUUGACUCCAGCUCUCGUAUCCAAGAUACUGACUACUGAAGGACUAGGGUGGACAAAGACAGCCAGACAUUUUCAUGCUCUGGAACCACCGGAGAGGUCAGAUUUCCUUCAGAAUGGAGUCUUCUGGACUUUUGAGCAUCCUGGUGCUAUCCAUCCUUCUAGUGAAUGUCCAGGGAUAUGGUCUCACUGACUGGCUCUUUCCCAGAAGAUGCCCCAGAGUCCAAGAGAACUGUGCAUUCAGAGAAAGGGAUGAAUGUACGAGGGACAGACAGUGCCCGAACCACCAGAAGUGUUGCGUCUUCAGCUGUGGGAAAAAAUGUGUAAACCUCCAGAGGGUCUCCCUGCAGACAUAUGCAGCAUGCCCACAGAACCUGGUCCCUGCAUGGCUUUUCUCCAUCGUUGGUGGUAUAACAAGACCAGUAAUAUGUGCUCCAUCUUCAUCUACGGUGGCUGCAAAGGAAACAAUAACAACUUCCAAUCCCAAGCCAUAUGCGAGAACUUCUGUCCCCCAAAAAAGCUCUAAUUCCUCAAUGCAUGAGGACAUACCGAAACAACCACCAGGAUUUGGCUCGUGAUUCAAGGCUCUGUCCAUGUUCCUGACAGAUGCUCCAGGCUGGCUUCCACUCGUCCACUCCCAGCGUUCCAAGGCCUCAGCUCCUCACAAAACUGAACCCCAGGAUCUGUCUCCACUUCCUCCAUCUCAGCCUCUUUUUCGACAUAACAUCCCUCUGUUUUGAUCCCAUCUCUAUGCUUCUUUCCUUUCUGUCCAAAUUCUAGAACCCCUUGCUUAUACCUGGGUGGAGCUCCCCUUUUUUCCCCCUAAUAAAGCACUUUGUUUAGUCCUGUG